GCGUAAGUAUACUUAAGGCAUCCCUUUAGAUCUUAGCAAGGAAGAUGAUCUAACUGCAAACCUACCUAGCUCUAAACUCCCAUCGCAUUGCGCGACCUGGCUUACAGUGCCACUGCUACGACAACCCGGUACCCAACCAUGACCAGCCCUCGUCAGCGAUAGCUGGUGGCAUGCCUUUCCGAGUCAUGUUCCUGGGCGCUUCGAUUACACGAGGCUAUCUUUCAACGGGAGAUGUUGGUUUUCGAAAGUUCAUCCGCGAUACGUUCGUCUCAUCGGGUAAUCCUAUCAACCUAGUCGGGUCCCAACGGGUAGGGGACUUCAAGGACAACGAGCUGGAAGCAUACGGCGGAAACCGCAUCGACCAGAUCCACGAGCACGCUACGCACGUCGUUCCCGAAACCCUCCCGAAUCUUUUCGUCGUACAUGUCGGGUCGAACGACUGCCUCCAGAACUGGGACAUGAAUAACCUCGGCGUGCGCACGAAAGACAUCGUCGAUUACUUACUAGGGGCAUCUCCCAACGCUACCGUGGUCAUGUCGACCCUCUUAGUAAACAACGCCCCCAACAUCGAAUCCUGCGUUCUGGAUGCCAACUCUCAGAUAAGGGACGCCGCGUCGGCCCUCCAACACGAAGAGAAACCCGUCGUGCUGGCCGAGAUGCAUUGCUGCCACGGGCUUCAGGGUCGACCGCAGCCUGUCGACCUAUCACCCGACGGUACCCACCCGCUGGAUAAGGGGUAUCACAUGAUGGCCGAAAUCCUCUGGACUGCUAUUCUCGACGCCGAUGAAAAGGGCUUUUUCAAGCGAGCUGAAGAUAAUGGGAUCCCCGAGGAUGGAGAUGCUGAGAAAGACAAAGGAAAGGGGGGCAUAAACGUACCUCACUCUACCUGACUCAUGGAAAUACGUUUAAUUUGAAUAAUAGGUAGAUUAGCAAAG